GUGGUGUGUUGUCAUCGUUAAUAAAGUUAAUUUAGUAAAAUCAGGAGAUUCGUCAAUUCAAUAAAAGUCAAGCAAAUCAUUAAUAAAGUUAGUAUAGUAAAAUAAGACUUGCAGAGUCAAUAAAAUUCAAGCAAAACGAAACAGGGUGAGUAUUUGGUGAUACAUAUGGCUGGAAAAACUGCACUUGAACAUAUCACUGAAGCACACAAUCAAUGGACUCAAAGUCACCCUGAUGGUUUUGUGGCUACGCCAGUAAAAACUGGUUCAGAUCCAUCGUCAGUCAAUUUGAUGGAGUGGAGCUGCUAUAUCCCUGGAAAAGCCGGGACUGACUGGGAAGGUGCCUCGUAUCCAAUAACAAUGCUCUUCAGCGAAGACUAUCCUAACAAACCACCUACGUGCAAGUUCCCCGAAGGUUUCUUUCAUCCCAACGUCUAUCCAUCAGGGAUGAUAUCUAUAGACAUCCUCGAUGAAGACCGGGAGUGGGAUCCUGACCUCACCAUCGAAGAAAUCUUGUCGAGUAUCCAAGAUUUUCUUCACAAUCCAAACCCUUACGAUCCAACACAAGAUGCUUAUUAUAUAUUCAGCAGAGAUCAGGAUGCAUACAAGCGGGUGAGACAGCAAGUCGAGUAUUAUGCAUCUCUUCCCCCUCCUUAGUUUGUCGUUGACAUGGUUGGUCGCGUACUUAGCUUCUUGAAAAUGGAAUCGAUAUUGAAUCUUGAAAGAUCAGAGUAAACUGGAAAACUCAUUUUUUGUCAAUAGUGUUGAUGUUCUAAGACAUGGGAUCUUAUUGCUUUGACACCCCAGAUUUUGUCAUGUCUAAGAUAUUACAUAACAUGCUACUUCGGUUUCAUGUUUUAUUACGGCUUUGUUUACUGGCCUUUUGUCUUGUGCUGGGGGUCUAUCCGAAACAGCCUCUCUACUUCUUCGGAGGUAUUGGUAUGGACUGCAUACAUUUUACUCUCUCCAGACACAGACGCCACUACGUGGGA